CCGCCCCCGCCCCGCCGCGGGAUGGAGCUGGACGGGCUGCGGCUGGACGAGGAGGGGACCUUCCCCCUGAGCGGCUUCCAGGAGUUCACGUUUCUGCCAGGGCACCAGCAGCUGAGCGAGAGGGUGCGGAAGCGCUUGUAUUAUGGCUGGGACAAAGACUGUAGCCUGGACAAUCUCUCCAGCCCGGUGGCAGACAUCGCCGUCGAGUUGCUCCAGAAAGCAGCUCCCAGCCCCAUCCGCAGGCUGCAGAAGAAAUACGUUUGCCACGUGUCUCGGGAAGCCUGCAUCUCGCCCUGCUCCAUGAUGCUGGCUCUGGUUUACAUCGAGAGACUCCGGCACCGGAAUCCCGAGUACCUGCAGCAGAUCUCCUCCUCGGACCUCUUCCUGAUCUCCAUGAUGGUUGCCAGCAAGUACCUGUAUGACGAAGGGGAGGAGGAGGAGGUGUUCAACGACGAAUGGGGCGCAGCCGGCAAUGUGGGGGUGCAGACCGUUAACACGCUGGAGAUGAACUUCCUGAGCGCCAUUGACUGGAGCCUCUACACUGACCCCAAGGAGCUGUUUGAGGUGCUGAGCUGGCUAGAAGGAUGCGUGGCAAAGAGACAGGGCACCCAGCGUGGCUGGUUCACCUACACGGACCUGUGCGUCCUGCUGGAGCAGUCCCUCUGGCAGCAUGCCCUGGGCCAGUUCUACCAGCAGGUGGCGAAGCUAGCCUGCUUGCUGGGCGUGAUGUACUUGACUGGCAUUGCUGCCGUCUUCGCCUCUGUCGCUGUGGUGCACCAGGUUGUGUGUGUGAGGAGCGCCGGCCCCGCUGCCCUCCGGCCUCUGCUGUUCCCCAUGGAUGGUGGGCGCCCGCUGGGCUCUGGGGCACCCCUCGCCCCCUGUGUCACUCAGCUGCCAAAUCCUGGGCUGGGGCUCCCUGGCCCCCCUUCCCCCUCCUGCUCCGAUAGCAGCUCCUGUUGCCUGGUGGAGAACGAGACGGUGGAGGAGCAGCGCCGCCCUGGUGGUGGGGUGAGGGCGACGGCACUGUACCUGUGGGGCAGCGUGCUGACGGCGCUGUCCUACAAGGAGGCCCCAGGCUCUGCCAUCCAGACUAGUCCCCAGCAAGAGCCCCCCCUCUGCCCAAACUGCCUGAAACUCCGCAGCGGGCGCAGCACCUGUGAGAGAUCCAACCGCACGAGCCCCAGCAGCCCCUUCACCCAGCCUGCCCCCUUUGGACUCGGCCUGGGCCCCGCUCGCCCGGCGCUCUGCUGCAGUGGCUGCUCGCCCGGCCCCAGCUGGGGCUGGCAUCCGUCCGCAGCCCUCGGCCCCCAGGACUGGCCCGACCCCCUGGCGCUGAAGCAGUGCUCCUUAGAGGCAGCCAUGGAUCUGGGCAGAAUCAAGAGCUUCAUCUUCCCCAGCUAGGGCUGCGCAGUGACCCCAUGGCCCAGCUCGGCCCCUAGGGAGGCCCUGGCCUGUGGGGCUGGGAGGGCCAGGCCCCCGCGUUAGUUCCAAGCCAGCGUUUGUACCCCGUGGGUCGGGCUUCUCUUUGCCAGACUCUUCAGGCUUUACUGGGCGGGGGCAGCUGUGGGCAGGGUCUGGCUGAGUGCGGGGGUGGUGGGGCUGCCUGGGGCUGGCAUGGGGGCUUGGCGGCUGUGGGGUGCAGCGGCUCUGCUGGGGGAUUAGGGUGCCCCAAAGCAGGGGUGCCAGUCUGGGGAGGGCACUGCUCACCUGUGCCCCAUUGGUGCCUCCCAGUGAAGCUGGGAUCUCGACCCCCUGCUGCAUUGGGCAGUGUGGAGGGUGGGGGGAGCAGGGGUGGCACAUGAGGCUCUGGGCCCUUGGGCUGUACGGUGGAGGGGCCGGGUGUGU